AUGGCUAAUGGGCCUCAUGCGCAGCCAGUCGGCGAGGACGCCUGGCUCGCAUUGAUCGAAGAAGAGUCGCGCGCCAAGGCCAGAGACAUCUCCAAUCGCAUCGACGUCCUCGAGCGCUACAAGCAGGCAGUCAAUGCCGAGUAUGGCAGCCUCAGAAUAUGGAUCGCGUACUGUGAAUACUUUUGGUCUCUCUACAUCGAGUGCAAUUCCUACGCCAACAACGGGUACCGCCUGUCGCAUGAAGAGAAGCUCAUUGGUCGCGAGAUAUUCUCCCUCGAUGCUGCGCUGUCCCUGUGGCAGCAGGGCUACGAGUCCGUCAGGUAUCGUCUGAGCGACAGCCACGAGCUGUGGAAUCGAUGGGUCGCCCUAGAGAUGGAGCUGCUGUCAAGUACUCGGACUAACCAGGGCGUGCAACGCAUCACUCAUCUCUUCAAGAACCGGCUGCAGACACCCCAUAAGACUUGGGACGAGACCUCGCAGAUGUUUUCUACCUUUCUCUCAGAAUACAACAGGUCAGAAUACGAAAGCACAAUGCAGGACAUCUCGAGUAGCUCUCAGGAGACGAGGAAACUCUGGGACGACCGAGAGACCUUCGAGAUAAAACUGAGGAGGGCAAGGGCCGAGGGCAAACUUGACGAGGAAAAGACCGUCAUGCAAGGGUACCUGGGCUGGGAGAUGAGACAGAAUAGAAGCAAAGAUGCCUUUCACCAAGGAGUACUGGUUGAGAUCUGCCUAGGCCUUUACUCGCGCGCUCUGACUGGCAUCUUUUCCAGAGACGACAGUGUUUGGACUGAUUACGUCGUUUGGGUCUCAUCUCUGUACACUGUCUUCAGCAGCGGCCGAUCCCAGGCAAACGACAUGCUGCGUAUCCUUCCGAACCUCCUGGACACUCUUCAGCGUGCAGUCUCGCAUUGCCCUUGGGCCGGCACAUUGUGGGCGCGCUACAUCCUCAGUGCCGAGGAGGCCGGCCUCUCCUACGACAACGUCGAACGCAUCAAGCACGCUGCUACUUCCAGUUCUCAGCUCGAUCGGGACGGCAUGGCCAGCGUCAUCGAUCUGUACGCUGCCUGGUGUGGCUUCCUGAAGCGCCGUGCCAUGAAUCCAAAUGCGACAGAUGAGGACGCAGAUGUGGCCGAGAUAGGUUUGACCGCCGCCUUGGAAGACGUGCAAGUGUGGGGCAAGCGACUUUACGACAACGAAUACAAGGGCGACCCGAAUUUUCGUCUUGAGCGCAUCCUUAUCCAAUACCUGACUGAGAAGAAGGUCACGGUCGACGAGGCACGCAACUACUGGAACCAGCUGGCCAAGAAGAGCAUCUACGCCGACAGUUACAACUUCUGGUUGACCUUCUACAUGUGGGAGAUGUCCAUCUUCCAGACCCAUAAGGCGAUGAAUGGCAGGAGUCCAACCCCUGCUUCUCUGGCGUCCAGAGGUCUGCGAAUACCGACCUUGGCAACCAGCAUCCUGGCCCGUGCGGUGCAGCGGCGCACGCUGGACUGGCCUGAGAAGCUCAUGGAGAUAUACGUGCAGCACUGCAACGACUACGAACCUCCCGAAGCCGUUCGCCGCGCCAAUGACACUGUGCACAAGGGACUAAAGGCUGUCACCGAGCGGAGACAGGAGGAACAAGCGGCAGCUUACUCUGCUCAGCUGGCACAGUACCAAGAGCAGACACAGGCGUCAGCUGUUGCUGAGCAGUCAACACAAGGUCCGGAUGAGACGUCUUCUAAGAAGAGGACCAGAGAUGACGGUGCUGACGAAGCGUCAGAGAGCUCGAGCAAACGUGUCAAACAGCAAGACUCGGAGGCUGAACAGCAGCGCUUGAAACGUGACCGCGAGAACACGUCAGUCUACGUCACCAAUCUGCCUCUUCCUCCGGAGUCUACUCAGACCAAGGUCCGACAGUACUUCCGCGAGUACGGGCAUAUCAACAACAUCGUCUUCAAGACCGAGACCAAUGGCCAAUCAGCUGUUGCUCUCAUCGAGUUUGCAACCCCAGAAGAAUUGCAAUCUGCUCUUCUUCGGGACGGAAAGUACUUUGGCCAACAGCAAAUCACGGUGCUUCCUGCGACAGGGACCACCCUGUAUGUUACGAAUUACCCCCCGCACGCCGAUGAUUCGUUUAUCCGGAACCUAUUUAAAGAUUGCGGCGAGAUCUUUUCGAUAAGGUGGCCAAGCCUCCAGGCCAAUAGCCAUAGACGCUUUUGCUACGCGACAUUCCGCGACGCAGAGGGGGCAGCGAAAGCAAUCAGACUUGACGGAAAGGUUCUCGAGGGCAAGUACAAGCUCGUGGCCAAAUAUUCUGACCCCCACAACAAGAAGAACCGUGAAGGCCCCGUAGAAGAAGGCCGAGAAGUUCACGUCACCAAUGUCCCUGAACAGGUGACAGAGGCAGAACUGAAGGCCAUCUUCGAGAAAUACGGUACCGUACAACGUGUUCGCAUUCUUCUCACCAAGAAUGGCCACAGUCGCGGUACUGCCUUCGUGGUAUUCGAAACCAAAAAUCAAGCUGAGGAGGCCGUUACUGAGCUGGACCAGACAAAGCUGAGGAACAACAUUCUCAAGGUGGAAAAGUCUGUUGCGAAAAACUUCAAACCUGUGACCAGGGCUGGGCCGUCGAUGUCACCCUCACCGGGCCCCAGCGGUGCGAAGGAUGCAGAAGGAGACAACGCCAUGUUAGACUACGACGAUGAACACGCCAAGCCUAAGCCGGCCAAGUCGGCGGAACGAACGUUCGCGCUCAUGGGCUUACCCGACACAAUGAAUGACGCCCGCGUUCAGGCUCUGGUGGAAUCACACGGUCAGCUUGUCAAGCUCACACUUCGCCAUGAUCACGGCGGUGCCAUCCUCGAGUUUGUCGAUGCAGCCACUGCGGGGAAGGCCCAACUAUCUCUGGAUGGCACUGAGGUUGAAGGCCGAAAGCUCAAAACGGGAUCCGUCUCUGACCUGUUUCAAGAGAAGGGCGAGGUCAGGAUCGACCGUAUUGAUCAGAAGCCGGCUCCGCCAGCUCCUGCUCCGAACAGCAAAAGUAAAGCUACCAGUACGAUGAUGCCACCUCCGUCGACCAUAAUACGUCGGCCGGUGCUCGGAUCCAAGGGCCAGAAACGCGGUCUUGGAUUUGGUGGUGUUAUCAACAAGGAACAGAAAGCAGAGCCGUCGUCGUCAGCUCCUACGACCAACGGGGAGAACGGCGUCUCGUCUGACACAUCUAGCGACGGAAUGAAGAGCAACGCUGAUUUCCGGGCGCUUUUACUGGGCAGUGGACCAAAAAAGGAUGCUACGACCCUCUCGACCACGGACAAAAAGGCUGCUGAUAAUGGAGGCGCUGAUGAAGAUAAGAACGACAACUAG